GUCCCAGCAUUGUUUCUGGGAGACCAUUCACUUGGUUAGGUUAAGCUGUAAAUGAAUUUAUUAGAGUUGGUUUCCCAAGUAGCUACAGGCCUCACCCAAGCAAUCUCUUGAGGAAGCAGUUACCUGGGGCCAAGUUUCCCAGUGAGUCAUGGCCCAGCCCUUUAUUACCAAGGACCUUUGUUCAGAGAUCUUUAUAUCUAGGCUAUAGCUCACCCAUAAGGGUUUAGCUGUUCCACCUCAAGCUACCUGGUGUGAUAGAAGAACUUUGAACUUGGAAUAAGUCUGGCUCUCAUACUGACUAGCUGGUAUUUCAGUACCUGUAGACAAGAUGGAAUCAACUCCGUUUAACAGACAGCAAUGGACUUCUCUGUCAUUGAGGGUUACGGCCAAAGAACUUUCUCUUGUCAACAAGAACAAAUCAUCAGCUAUUGUGGAAAUAUUCUCCAAGUACCAGAAAGCAGCUGAAGAAGCAAACAUGGAAAAGAGAAGAAGUAACACUGAAAAUCUCCCCCAGCACUUUAGAAGGGGAAACCUGACCGUGCUGAAGAAGAAGUGGGAGAACCCAGCCCCUGGAGUAGAGUCUCUCCCAGAGUCCACGCGAAACAGCAGCGCCGAGGUCAGGCACAGAGGCGACCCUCCUCCUGCUGAAGUGGCCAGUAGCUCUGCCUCUGGGGUCGAAGCUGACCAAGGAGUCUGCCCCAGACCUAGAUUCUCAUCGCCUCCUGAAGCCCCGUAUCCGAACCCCCGCAUCAAGGACACUGAGCAUCUUAAAGACCACUCGGUGGAAAGUAAAAAAAUGGAAAAUUGUCUGGCAGAAUCCAGGCAUGAAGUAGGAAAACCCGAAAUGAGUGAAAACGCCGAAGCUUCGAACAAAAUAGAGAAAUACAAUGUUCCGCUGAACAGGCUGAAGAUGAUGUUUGAGAGAGGUGAACCAGCUCAAACCAAGAUUCUUCGGGCCCAAAGCCGAAGCACAGGUGGGAGGAAGAUCUCUGAAAACAGCUAUUCUCUGGAUGACUUGGAAAUAGGCCCAGGUCAGUUGUCAUCUUCGGCAUUCAACACGGAGAAAAGCGAGAGUAGGAGAAAUCUGGAGUUCCCUCGCCUGUCAGACACCUCCAUAAAGGAUCGAAUGGCCAAGUAUCAGGCAGCUGUGUCCAAACAAAGCAGUUCAACCAACUAUACAAACGAGUUAAAAGCCAUUGGUGGUGAAAUCAAAACUCAUAAAUUGGAGCAAAAGGAGAAUGUGCCCCCAGGUCCUGAGGUCUGCAUCUCCCAUCAGGAUGGAGAAAAGGUUUCUGCAUCUGAGAAUAGCCUGGCAGCCUGUUCCACCCCGCCUGAAGAUGAUUCCUGUAAGCUUUCAUUCUUAGGUCUGGAGGCAGGUAAAUCCCAGGUUAAGAGUGAUGUCCAGCAGCCUGUGCAUCCCAAGCCACUGAGUCCAGUUGCCAGAGCCUCCAGCCUUUCUGAAAGUUCUCCUCCCAAAGCAGUGAAGAAGUUUCAGGCACCUGCCAGAGAGACCUGCGUGGAAUGUCAGAAAACAGUCUACCCGAUGGAGCGUCUCUUGGCCAACCAGCAGGUGUUUCACAUCAGCUGCUUCCGUUGUUCCUAUUGCAACAACAAACUCAGUCUAGGAACAUAUGCUUCUUUACAUGGGAGAAUCUAUUGCAAGCCUCACUUCAAUCAACUCUUUAAAUCUAAAGGCAACUAUGACGAAGGCUUUGGACACAGACCACACAAGGAUCUGUGGGCAAGCAAACUGGAAAAUGAAGAGACGUUGGAGAGACCAGCCCAGCUUCCAAAUGCAGCGGAGAUCCCUCAGAGCCCGGGGGUAGAAGACGCCCCCAUUGCUAAGGUGGGUGUGCUGACUGCAAGUAUGGAAGCCAAGGCCUCCUCCCAGCUGGAGAAAGAAGACAAGCCAGCUGAAACCAAGAAGCUGAGGAUCGCCUGGCCGCCCCCGACUGAGCUUAGCAGUUCAGGGAGUGCUUUGGAGGAAGGCAUCAAAGUUUCUAAGCCGAAGUGGCCUCCUGAGGAUGAAGUCAGCAAGCCUGAAGCUCCCGAGGAUGUAGAUCUGGAUCUGAAGAAGCUAAGAAGAUCUUCCUCACUGAAGGAGCGAAGCCGCCCAUUCACUGUAGCAGCUUCAUUUCGAACCGCUUCAGUCAAGAGCCCCAAACCCUUGUCCCCACCUAUGAGGAAAGGCUGGAGCCUGUCAGAGCAGAGUGAGGAGUUCGGAGGAGAUGUAGCAGCAGAAAGGAAACAGAUGGAAAAGGCCAGUGCCUCCGAGAAGAAUGGGAGUGUGGGAAAAACGACCUGGCCAAGCAAGGAAUCUAGAGGAGGGGAGGCAGCGGGGAGGAGUAAGGAAGUUCAGGAUUUUGAGAUAGGGAGUGAAAAUCUGAUAGAAAAUGGUGCAAGCUUAGAUGAAGGUGACAGAGACCUCCUCCAACAGCAGUCUCCCCUAGAACCCAAGUCUAAAAAUUGGUCUAGCUUUGCAGACAACACCUCUGCUAAAGAAUUCACUACCCAGAAGCAGAAAUCCCAGGAUGUGGAGUUCUGGGAGGGAGAAGUCGUCGAAGAGCUAUCCGUGGAGGAACAGAUAAAGAGAAAUCGGUACUACGAUGAGGAGGAAGAUGAGGAAUAACAAAUUGCAACGAUGCUGGGCCUUAAAUUUGUGUGAGGUUAGCGAGCCACUGCCCUUUAUCAAAGUGAUGCAUGUAAACGGCUGUCUUAGCACGAACUGUAAUUUAUGUGGAAGUAACUUUGGAAAAGAGUGCUUGCUUCAAAAGACAAAACAAAAAAAAAUCCUGUACUGCAGCUUACGUGAACCAAUUCUAAAUGCUAGAGAUAACAUUACUUAAAUCCUCUAUUUUAGCAAUGAUGGUCUACACAAGUGCUUUAAGGUCUUGUGGGAGUGGGAAUGGGGGGGGUGAGGUGGGGGGAUAGUCGGACCGUUAUGGUUCAGAUUCCACUGAAUUCCCCAAAGACAAUAUGACAGUAAAUGAUUAGUAGUACAUUGUUACACUGAAAAUUCAACGAAGGAAUUAGGAAACAUGCAGAAGGGAUUAGGGACCUAAGCAUUAUGACUGAAUGCACUUUAGCAUAAAGGGCACAGUUUGUAUAUUUUUACAUGCAUACCAAUUUAUUGUUUAGUAUUCCUCUGUUAAGAGAUCAACUAUUUAGUCUUUUUUAAAAAAAUUUAGGUUAAUUUUCUUACUCUGACAUAUAGGGGGAAUUUAUUGCUUACUCUGAUAUAUAUAUGAGGAAUUUAUUGCAUCCUGCUUUCUAAAGCACAUCCUGAACUGGAUUAUUGAGAUAUAGCACAACCAUCUUUUUGGAGCACCUUCUGAGCACCUUUGGUGCUUGGAGGGACUCACUGUGUCCCAGAUAAGCAAUGGUAUUUGCCAAUGGGUUUGACUACACCCCAAGUGGUUGCUUUCUUCUCUGGUGGCAUCUGUGCUUCUCAUAAUUUACUGAAAGAUGCAAUAUUUUUAUAAGAUCUUUUGUAUUGCUAUUUGCCAUGUUGCAUAUUAGAGCCAGGAGUCUAAAGGAGGAAUAACAGGAAAAAACAAAAACAAAGCCUUAAACAACUUGAGCUCAGAUCCCCAAACCCUAUAUUCUACUUCUGAUAUUCCUGGGACACUAGUUUUUUUGUUUUUUUUUUUAAUACUUAGAAGCUUUGAAAUGUAGAUUUUUAUGGCAGACAGUAUUCCUAGGGUGCAAUUAAACCAAUUAUAGGCCUUUUUGGGGGGAGAUGGUUUUCUAGUAUUAAGGUUUUGGAACAAUAUAAACUUGAGUACAUUUGUUGUACAUAAUUCAUAUUCCAAAGUGUAUGGUGGGGGGGAGAGAGGUGUUUUAAGUGAUAGGCUUUUCUUUGUACUGCAUUUUUAGAAAUUUAGCUCUAAUAUUUUUUAGAGAUGUAAAAUAUUCUGCUUUCUUACAGUCUUGCUUCCUCUGAAACAUUUUUAUUCAAUAAAGCUUUUAAUUUACAUUUGAA